AUGGUUCACAACAAGGUCACUAUCAUCGGCUCCGGCCCAGCUGCCCACACCGCCGCCAUCUACUUGGCCAGAGCAGAAAUCAAGCCAACCUUGUACGAAGGUAUGAUGGCCAACGGUGUUGCUGCCGGUGGCCAACUGACCACCACCACCGAAAUCGAAAACUUCCCAGGGUUCCCAGAAGGAUUAACAGGUAGCGAACUGAUGGACAAGAUGAGACUCCAAUCCACCAAAUUCGGUACUGAAAUCAUCACCGAGACCGUUUCCAAGGUUGAUCUAUCUUCCAAGCCAUUUAAGCUAUGGACCGAAUUCAACGAAGAUGAAGAACCUGUGACCACAGACGCCAUAAUCCUUGCCACCGGUGCUUCUGCCAAAAGAAUGCACUUGCCAGGUGAGGAAACCUACUGGCAAAAGGGUAUCUCUGCCUGUGCCGUUUGUGACGGUGCUGUCCCAAUCUUUAGAAACAAGCCGUUAGCCGUUAUUGGUGGUGGUGACUCCGCAUGUGAAGAAGCUCAGUUUUUGACCAAGUACGGUUCAAAAGUGUUCAUGCUUGUCAGAAAAGACCACUUACGUGCUUCCACUAUCAUGCAAAGACGUUCUGAACAAAACGAAAAGAUCGAGAUCCUUUAUAACACUGUUGCUCUAGAAGCUAAGGGUAAUGGCAAGUUAUUGAACGCCUUGAGAAUUAAGAAUGUUCAAAGCAAUGAGGAAACUGACUUACCUGUCAACGGGUUAUUCUACGCUAUUGGCCACACUCCAGCAACCAAGAUUGUUGCCGACCAAGUGAACGUCGACGAAGCCGGCUACAUUAAGACCGUUCCAGGCUCUUCCUUAACUUCUGUUCCAGGGUUUUUCGCUGCUGGUGAUGUCCAGGAUUCCAAAUACAGACAAGCAAUCACUUCUGCUGGCUCCGGCUGUAUGGCGGCUUUAGAUGCUGAAAAAUACUUGUCUGCCCUAGAAUAG